CAUAAAAUCCCAAAUUGGGAUUUAGGGUUCUCCUCAGUCGAUCGAUAGAUUUGAUGAUCCAGCCCUCUCCUCGGAAAUUCCUCCGGCGACACGCGACAGGCGGCGGCGCGCGACAGGCGACGUCUGGCGAAACCUCCGACGACGACAGGUCGAGCUUCUGACGUGAAUCUUCGCGAUUCUCCUUCGAUUCCCAGAUGUAUAAGACAGAGUGAGUAGAGUGUCGAGAGUUGCUGUUGAGAUGGCGGAUCAGUUUCAAUCCAAUUCCAUGGAAGAUCUCUUCGAUUCAUCGCUUUGUCUCGAAGACAACCACAUGAAACAAGGGUUUGAAGAAGGUUACGAAGCUGGGAUUAUGUCAGGUCGGGAAGACGCUCGCCAUCUCGGUCUGAAACAUGGUUUCGAAACCGGUGAGCUUCUCGGCUUCUACAAUGGCUGCUCUUCCGUAUGGAACUCUGCCCUCCAACUUCAUCCUGCCAGAUUCUCCUCCCAGGUUCAGAAACAGCUCAAGGAAUUCCAAGUUUUGAUCGAUGAUUACCCGCUUUUGGAUCCCGAGGACGAGAACAUCGACAAGAUAAAGGAUGAUCUCCGGGUUAAAUUCAACAUGAUAUGCGCAUCUCUCGGUGUUUCGAAGAAAAACAUAGAGUACAGGGGAUACCCCAAGACAUCCUCGGCUCUCGAGUUUUAACUUAGUAUAUGUACAAUGGGAUUUUUUGGUUGCUCCAAUAAUCUCUGGAAACCAACUUUAUUUAUAGAAGAGAAACAUUAUUGACGAAAAUAAUAAGAAACCUUUACAUUUCACCAUA